CUCGACGUCACCAGCUCUGGAUUUCCUUCCAAUUCCGGUUCGCUUUAUAACUUCCUCUUCGCCGGCUUCUGCAGCCUUGUUCACCGCAGCUAUUCUCGACAACGUCGCUCACAAUCAUGGCUUUUGUCCUCCGGCGCCCCUUUGCCGUGUCAGCGGCCUUCCGCCAAAUCCCCAAGUCCAUCAACAACUCCACAGCCGGAAUUCGCUUCAUUCACAAUGGGCCCAAGCAAUCCGCGAAGGCUUCCUCCACCCCGUUUCUCCCCUCCUCCUUCGCCAAAGCCCGACAGAAUUUCGGAGAUGCUUUCCGCCGCACGUAUAUGCAACAGUCGUACCAGGUACAAGAUCGGGGAAAUCUAACUCAGAAGCUCCUCUACGGUGCCGCCAUCGUAGGCGGGACAAUCGUGGCAACGAAUCUGAUAUUCAACCGAGAAACACGGGAAGAUGGCGGGAUGCCGCAGUAUGAGCGCAGUUAUUUGAACGAUACGUUUAUGCACACGGGUUUGGGGGUGGGUAUUAUUGGUAUUGCGGCACGCGCCCUACAUACAAGUGGAUGGUCGUAUAGGCUCAUGCAAGCCAACCCGUGGGCGGUUAUCGGCUUGAGUUUGGCGGCCAGCAUUGGAACUAUGUACGGCACUUUCUAUACCAGCCCUGAGAACUACGUCCAGAAAUAUGCCCUCUGGGCCGGUUUUAACCUCGCACAAGCCGCCGUGCUCUCCCCAUUAAUGUUCCUCCAGCCCGCCCUUCUUGCCCGCGCUGGCCUAUACACCGUCGGCAUGAUGGGUUCCAUCGCUUUUGUCGGUGCCACCGCCAAGCAGGAGAAGUACCUAUAUCUCGGAGCUCCUCUGCUCGCCGGUGUCUGCGUCGUUGCCCUCUCCGGCUUCGCUCCCUUAGUCCUCCCGGCCACGGCCACCCGAACACUCAUGUGGUCUGAGCGCAUCUGGCUGUACGGUGGUCUUGCGGUCUUCGGCGGCUUUACACUCUACGAUAUCCAGAAGAUUCUCUACCAUGCUCGUAUGGCCGAACGCGGACUUGUAAAGAGGGAUGUGGUCAACGAGAGCAUCAGUCUCGAAUUGGAUUUCUUGAACAUCUUCAUUCGGAUGGUUCAGAUUUUGGGAAUGAGAGGAAAUAACAACCGGAGAUAAGGGACUUAACGCCGAAUUUUGAAGAAAGAUAAAUACGUGUAUUUAUUACGGAGCAUUUAUUUGAGAUGAGUCAUUUCAAUGGGGAGGCUUCCCUCGGGCUGGACAAACUCAUUCGGUCUGAGCGGGGAACGUCCAAUGGUUAAUUUGCAUCUGAAGCCAUUUCUGAUUUCCGGGGCUCCCAGCGAUUGUUGUUUGUGCCCUUCUGCCUUUUCGACUUUGUUCGUUUGGUGGCGCAGUUUUUAUAGACAUGUUUUAAUACCUGGCCAGCUUCGAGGAAUUGGCCUUAAAGACGAGGAAUUAAACCAAUCUCCGCUCAGUCCAUCAAGUUCCAAAACUAAAAUACUAUCCCAAACGCAGAAAGUGCAUCAUACUCUAAUAAUAGAGCGUUUCUUCUCCCCUAAUGAACCCAAAACCAAGUAAAUAAAAAUCCGAUUGUUACCCCCAAAAACACCAUGAAACCGCCAGGAGUAUCCGCAAUCCGUACGACACUGUGGCUUCAUCCGCAGGUCAAAUGGAAUGCUACCAACGCAAAUAAAAACAAACACCCCAAUGGGUCGCUCCACGCCCUUCUGGACCUAGACUUCUGCUGCUUAUCGGGCGGCCUUGAUCCCAGCCUACCCGGUCUCCUCCCCCAUUUAGGAUUUUCGUGGACUUCGGUCACCCAGGACGUUUCCUCACUGGGCGACACGCCGUUUCCUUUCGUUCUUGAACCGCGAAUAGGCCAAUCCCCAAAUCCACAUAGCCCGCUGCCUCCCAUCUGAUUCGCAGGGAAAAAUAUCUUAGGCAAGCCAUUCUCCACUUUCACCUGCAGCGCACCCCAGUGAUCAAGGGUAUAGUUCUCACAAGUGGUAAUUUCAGUUAACUCUAGGCGUUGAUGACCACUUCUCGGGAUCCUCAACUGGUGGCUAAAUCCAUCUUCACCGUGGCUUGAGUAAAUGGCUAUGAUAUGGCGGCCUUCGUUUCCCUUACGAAACGAGGAAAUUCCGUUCAUGUCGGCCAAUGGAUAGACUUGGUGCCCAAGGUAAUCGGGGUCCACGCGGAUGGCCUGUUUACGUAUCUUGUUGACCAAGGCCGUAAAUUUAUAUAAAGGGGCAUCCGUGUCAUAGUUUGAAAGCCAAAGAGCCUCACGAUUUGCAGGAGUCCCAUCGCCUGAGAGAUGCUGUUCUUGGCCCUGGUAGAACAUUGGAAUUCCAUCUGAAAGGAUAGUAAAUGCGAUGAUAUUUU